AUGGUCCACCUGUUGCGAUUCUAUAACAAACCCACAAUCAUCAAUAUUGAUUCAACUGGACGUAAAGCUGUACUCAAGAAUUACCACAUUCCUUUCGAUACAAACGGAGAUAUCCGAAGAAAUUACUGCAGUGAUACGAAGAAGAAAGCACCAGUUAACUUACAUGGUUCAAAAUCUUAUAAAGUUGGUGAAAAAAGACGUUACUCCCCAUUUCAUUACAAGGGUCAGUCGAAGGCGGAGUGGGUGGUCGCUAGAGUUGAUGACAUACUUAACUGGGGCAGGAGAGGUUCCCUCUGGCCCCUGACUUUCGGCCUAGCGUGCUGCGCUUUAGAGAUGAUGCAUUACGCUGGACCUAGAUACGACAUGGAUCGCUUCGGCAUGGUCUUCCGAGGGACACCGCGUCAGACUGACGUUAUCAUCGUCGCCGGCACCGUCACCAACAAGAUGGCGCCGAUUCUACGUAAGACAUAUGACCUGAUGCCUGAGCCCCGAUUCGUGGUGUCGAUGGGUAGUUGCGCAAACGGCGGUGGUUACUACCAUUAUACGUAUUCGACUGUUCGCGGUGCUGACAGGAUUAUUCCGGUCGACAUAUACGUGCCCGGUUGUCCACCGACUGCUGAAGCUCUGCUUUACGGGAUGCUGCAACUACAGAAGAAAGUGAAACGAAUGCGCAUGUGUCAGAUAUGGUAUCGACAUUAA